UGAGACUCCGCGUGCGAAGACUCAGUGAACGUCAGGUGUCAGGUCCUCAGAGGAGGUGCCAUCAGUUCAAUUUUUUCUGUUCUUUCGGACCCUUCACACACACAUACACACACGCCCUCACCCCACACUCAGGAUGUCUCCGUCCACGUCCCCCCGGUUCUUCACCGAGAGGGAGGUGGCCCGCCACAGCACCAAGGAUUCAUGCUGGGUGCUGCUGGGGACCAGAGUCUACGACGUAACCGCCUUCCUGCGGAUGCACCCGGGCGGCGAAGCUCUGAUACGGAGCCGCGCAGGGAAGGACCUCACCCAGGUGAUGGAGGGACCCCCGCACCGGCACUCGCCGAAUGCCCGGCGUUGGUUGGAGCAGUACUAUAUCGGGGAGCUGGACCGGGAAAGCGGCGCAGAAGAGGUACAGACUCUGAGAGUGAGAAAAAAAGCCAGUGAAGAGGCAGAAGAAAAGUCUGCAGAAAAAACAAGUAAGGUGGAAGAUGAGGAUGAGAAUUCCCCUUACAAGCUCUGCAGCUCUGUGGAUCUAGACAAGGAUCUGGUGGACUGGCGGAAACCUCUGGCCUGGCAGGUCGGCAACCUGAGAGAGAAAUAUGAUGCAUGGGUUCACCAGCCAGUUGACAAACCCAUCCGACUUUUUGGAAACCCAUUCAUGGAAGCUGCGACCAAAACGUCCUGGUACUGGGUCCCAAUAGUCUGGCUUCCUAUUGUCUUCUAUCUUAGUUGGCACUGCUACACCACCCUGGCUCAGGGCAACACAAGGAUAGAGCUCACCUCAGAUUUCUCCAUACCGAUCCCUAAGCAUGUGUUUCCGGUCCUUUUCAUGAUUGGCUGGUUCUUGUGGACCUUCAUUGAGUACUGCAUCCACCGCUUCGUCUUCCACAUGAAACCGCCGGCUCAUAACUACUACCUCAUUACGCUACACUUCCUUCUGCACGGGCAGCACCAUAAAUCUCCCUACGAUGGUUCUCGGCUGGUCUUUCCUCCUGGGUUGGCCUCCAUAGUGGUGGGAUUGUUCUACAUGUCGCUCUGUAAGAUGCUGCCGGAGACCAUCAGUGUGUCGGUGUUUGUCGGCGGGCUGGGCGGCUACGUCGUGUACGACAUGAUCCACUACUAUCUUCACUAUGGCUCGCCAAAGAGAGGCUCAUAUCUGUACAGCCUGAAAGCCUACCAUGUCAAACAUCACUUUGAGCACCAGAGAUCAGGUUUUGGAAUCACCACCACGUUCUGGGAUCAUCCCUUCAACACAGUCAUUCCUGACGAGAAAUUCUAACGUACGAAUGGCUCUCCUCAAGGGCCUCUGGACUUAACAGCCUCCCUAAUUAGUGACCCGUCCACCUGUUAUAACCCCCCCAACCCCUCCAGCAUCCAUAAUGCUGCAGCAGCCAAUGCAUCCAUACUCACUGUAACACAUUGUUUUCUACAGAUCAGCCAUACGAAUGUGUGAGAACCAGUCUGAUCUCUAUUCUCACUGUGAUUGUUUUUGCACUUCCAUGCCAAUAUUAAUCAAGCAAACGUUAAACAGGUUGCCAGUCAGGAGUAAGGGGGUAAUGCUUUAAUAGUCUUUCAGGAUUACGUGGAAAUAAUUUUUAAGAAACAUUUGAACAGGUUAAAGCACAGAGGGAAAAGAAAGUGAUAGAUGGUGGAUGGAUGUGGCAACAGGUAAUGUUGGAGAAAGUGUUUGAGCAUCAAUGAUUCAUCUUACCAGUUAAACCAACUUGGGUUAAUCCGGUGUCCUUCCAGUUUGAAGGUUCGUCUCUAACUGCAACAAGACCAAACUCGCUGAAGACCAGACCUGUGAACAGACAAUAUUUUUCAGACGUCCUGAUCAACUCCAAAGUCGGGCUUUAAUUUAUUAAUCAGCAGGGUUGAGGUUUUACUGUAGUUUGCAGGUGUGAGCUGCUGUUCCAGAUCUUUGAAAUGAGCACAAUUCCACUUUAAAAUUUCCUGUUUUUCUCCCUGUUUGAUUUCACAAAAAUGUACAAAAAAUAGUAUAUAUUUUUAAGAUGUUUUGUACAAAAGAGGAGAUGCUUUCAUUGUAAGAGUUUGAUGUCUGUGCAUCGAUGGAUGGAUUCUGUGUGAGUGGAUUUAACGAGUGUUUUUAGGUGUCGUAGGGAUGGAGCUGAAGGAAUGAAGCCAGGUUGGUGGACGUCCUGCUGUGGGGAUCUCGGGGUCAAAGGUUACAGGGAAUUUUACACUGUAUGUUGAAAAAAAAAUUAAAGGUUUCCCAUAUUUAAGCAAGGUGGCCAAUGAAGACCAAGCACCGUAAAGACAGUUUUGUUUUUCUCCAAAAAAAUUCUAGUAUGAGCUGCACAGUUGUAGCUACUGUCAUCUAGCGGCAACCGGUAGGACUGUUUACUAACGACUCUUCUGAUCAUAACGAGUAACAUUCCUGGAAUUGACCAUCACAACAAAUUAGGCAUAGAAAUAAAUGUCUACAGUUUUCAGAAUAAAAGAUAUUUGACUAAAAUACAUCUUAGGUUAGUUAAAUAUCGUUAACGGGGAUCAUUAUUACAAAUAAAUCGCAUCCUGUAUUGCACUGUUUGGUUUAAAGAUUUGUUUGGGACCAGAAUCUGUCUGGUUCCUUCAAAGACCUCAAUAUCACAGUGAUGCAUUCAGAUUGAAUUUUUCAGCCUUCAUUGAGGCACAAGAGCCUUACAGUUUUGUGCCCAGGUUUUUGCAUUUUUGGUUCCACUUCAGUGUGAAGCUCCUUGUUUAUUAGACCCCUCGGAUCCCUGCAGAGGGUGACGAUUGAACGAUCUGACUCGACAGCAAGACGUCCUGGCAGCAGCUGGCCGAUCUCCAGCCGACUCCCUCAGCACAGCAGAGAAAGGAGCAGAACAUAACUCAUAAUUUACAAGCAUAGCACAUGUAAAAGUCUCUUACAAAACUGUCUUAUGCAAAGUUUCAGCCUUUACAAGCUUGAUUGUAUAAAAAGAGCAUCUAUUUUAGAUAACCCAGUUAUCACAGUUGCAUUUGUUUUCUCAAUAGAAAUGUGAAGCAAAAAGUCUUAUUGAGGGCGAACAGGGAUGAGUUAUAACUGAUCCGUCAUCAAAAAUGUGAAAUUUUGCCUUUUUUCUUUCUUUAUAGAUGGUAAAAAUGUCACAAUUUCACUGAAGAGUUGAUUUAAUCUCUGAACUCUGACCAAUGGGGUCUUUUUAUUCCAAAGAACCAAAAUAUACAAAUAUGUAUUUUUGAUGUCUAUUAAUUUUAAAGACAUACUAAUCUUAUUUAUGUGAUAAACUAAAACUUCUGAUUUUCACUUGUCUUUUUUUGUGCUAAAAGAAAUGCAGCAUAAAUUUCCAAUAAUCUGUUUACUUUGAGUUUUAAAUUUCUAUGCAAAGUUAGACAUGUUUGUAAAUAAACAUCUGUAUAUUUCUGA